UCUCCGGCCCAGCGGCGGCCGUGCCCGGGUCGUCCGGCCUGACGGCCGGCGCGCCCCGUCCGUCCGGACACCCCGGACUGCCAGAAAGAAAAUAUAGGCUGAAGGAGCAGUUGUUCCACGUCCUGGCUGAGGUUGGAGCACAAAGGGAAAAACCAUAUGAGUGGAAAGAUGUCAUCAUCAUGUUUAUCCGGUACCUGGCGCAGCGGCGGCCGAGCCUGCUGGACCCGCAGGACCGGAGCCGCGUCAUCUGCGAGGGCGAUCCGCUCGGCCGGGUGUUCGGCGUGCGUCACUUCACCAAGGACGAAACUAAGUCCUUGCUGCUGCAGCACCUUUCGCCGGUGGAUGAGGAACGGCCGGCUCCGGUUGCCGCCGCCGCCGCCGCCGACGCCGACGUCGACGCCAAUGUUAGCAAGCGCGGUGCAGCCGAUGAGCCAUCCGGCGACGGUCCGGACAGGAGGCGUAGCUGUCCGGACGAGUGGACGGCCGAGCCGGCCGCACCCGGACCCUCCGGUCCAGCGGCGGCCGUGUCCGGGUCGUCCGGCCUGACGGCCGGCGCGCCCCGUCCGUCCGGACACCCCGGACUGCCAGGGACAGGCGGCGGGGCGGCCCCGGCCGAAGAGCCGGUCGAAUCCGGUGACGACACGGACGACCACCGUCGGACGUACGCCCACGAGAUGGAGCCCGUCGAUCUGCUCGGACGUCGGUGA